AAUUUUCUAUUUUCAUUAGUUGGAGACUGAGUUACUGCUUCAGUUAGUUAGCAGGUUGCAAUACUUAGAGAAGGAUGGGAUAUCUAUUGCUCACAUGCAAUGUCUCUCACCUUCACAUGCUUUGUCUGCCAUGUCCAUUGCACCUUUCAUACGGAAUCAUGUUCUUCUUCGAAUGAACUAUGAAGAAUUUUUAAGGCUCCUGAGGAAAAAUCUCGUGAGAAAAGGAUAGAUUGGUAUGCAUUGAUAAGCGGAUGCCAUGCAGGAGAAGAGAAGAAAAAUCAAAUUUUGAUGAUCUGUUCCAUCUACUUCCUCUUCGACAUGAAGGACAUCAGCCACCUACUCUCGUUCGUUGGCUCUCGCGGAUCUCCCGUCACCGUCGCUCCUCCCUCUCGCCCACGGCAACGUAGCAUCUUCGUCGUCGUCACGAGGUCGCCCUCAACCCGUUCGACUGAAUGUCCAUGAGAUUCGACAUUUGAUCCGUUCAUUUACUGGUCCUUGCAGACUGUUUCUGCAGUUCCAAGUUAUGGAGCAUGAAUUUACAUGAACUCCAUAUCACUUGUUCUCAAGCACAAAGAUGAAGAUAAUUGUGAGAGAGUUUCACAGUGAGCGUGCACUGGUCUUAUGAUAGAGCUGAAAAGAAAGCAGAGCUGCCUGCCUGCAAUGGCCCAUCCUUCAUGGCCAAAUGCUGUCAAACUGGCUCAGCUUUGGAAGAUAAAGCAAAGAGGCAGAGCUAAGUAACCUGCAAAAAGGAGGCAACCAUCCAACGACUUCAAAACAAGGACCAAAAAGAGACAUAGGGACGGGUGCCCACUUUGAGCUGCUCCUCGUCAUCUCCAAUGCUCUAAACGCCACUUGGUUUACUGUCAUAAACAAAGCUUCCCUGUUCCUUAAUCCAUGGCUUACUUCUCACCUUCUUUCUGCUGAAGAGAAGUCUUGUCUUAAGGCUCAUGCUCUAUAGAGUGCUGUGCAGUGUUCGUUUUCAACGCCAAAUCUUCUACCGUGAGGUUUGGAAGUUGAAGUAGAUCUUUGGAACGUGUGCAUGUGAGGGGAAGGCGAAGCCUUGCAGAAGGAGCUUGAGCAUUCAAAAGCAGAGCAGUGCAAUGUCAAGGUCGAGAGGGUCGGACGAGCGGCCUCAGCGGUCAUUGCCGCGCGCGCCGCUGCACCUGCGGAGCAUCGGUUUUGCCGAGGCGAACACCGUGAGUCACCACCUUGAUGACGCCGCGGCCGUCGCCGAUCGCAGUUACAAGGUGUCCUCUCGCAUCGUCUCGCAUGAGAGGAAGUGGGGCACGAGCGUGGUGGAACUUGAGACGAAGCUGAGCAAGGCCCAGGCGGAGCUCAAGAAGCUAAAAGAUCGCCUGGCCUCGGCGGAGGCCGCCGAGGUCGAAACGGAGAAAGCUCUCGCGAAGGCCAAGAAGCGGCUCCCAGCAGCUUCCGUAGACGCGAAAGGGGCAGGGGUGACGCCUCCUCUGGCUAGGGAUUCUCGCUCGGGAGAUGCUCGACAAAAUGACAAGGGGCACAGCGUCACUUCUCCGGCGACGAUGGAUGUCUUCGAAGUCGUAGUGCCGGUAGGGCCCCUCCCCGUGGUGGAUGAAGUCGACGGCGAGGAGAGGAAAGAAGAAAAGGAGGUGAUGGAGGGGGAAGGGGAGGAGACAAAGGGAAUGAUUGAGAAAACUGAGAGGGAAGAGGCUUCUUCUUCUGUUGCAGAAAAAGACGAAGAGGAGAAGGAAGUACGUAUUCUAAAAUCCAAACUUUUGGCGAAGGAGAAGGAAUUAGCAAUUCGACUGGAAGAAAACAUGAUCUUUAAGAUUAAAGCAGAGGAACAAGCUAAGAAGCUUGCAGAAUCUGCUCAAACAACGCAAGAGCAGCUCAUGGCUCAACUGAAUUCAAUGGAGGAAGAACUGAAACAGAGUAAGACCAAAGAGCAGCAACUGAACUCGCAAUUGGAGGCGGCAGAAGGCGAAAAUACAUCACUGGAGAUGGAACUGAAGCGAACGAAGGUGCAAAUGGAUCAAUGGCGGAAGGCCGCAGAGGCAGCGGCUGAGGUAUUAGCCACCGGAAACGAGGCAAGUGCGGAGACGGGUGACAAAAGGUUAGUUGAGCGUUGCAUGUCGAUGGACAAACACCUCGGGGUGAUCGCCGGAGCCAUGGAAGAGAAUGACAACGGCGGAGGAGUAACGAGGAAGAGCGCCGGUGCGCGGCUCUUCGGGAACCUUCUUUGGAAGAAAAACCAGCAAAAUUGAGGUCAUAGACGUUCACCAUCUCCCUACUCUGUUUCUCUGUCGUGUUGUUUUGUUACUCUUUAGAUCUUGCACUGUCAUGUCGUUUGUAUUGAGAGAGACGGGAUCUUGAUAUUGUGUUUACUAUAGCAUAAUUAUGAAGAAAUUUCAUGGGAUUUUGAUA